GCGGAACCAAGCGCGACACUGCCUCGUAAGAUUUGUCGGAUUUUAGCAUCAGCUGUCCGACGCGUCAAGGUGACUGGAGGCUGCCAACAACCGGAUUUCAGUCUACCAGUCCCACUUGUUUAUUUACUGCGCUGCAACUAUAUAUCUACUUUACGUAAGCAGGUCAUUGUAGCGUUUCGCUGCCAACAAUUCACAUCUCCAUCGCAAUGUACUCUGCGGUCCGCACUUUCUGUAUUCUGGCGCUAGUAGUGCCAUCUAUGUUGCUGCCUUAUGAUCCGGAGGACGAUGGGCUGAAGACAGUGCUGCCGUCUAGCGGACAGUUUGAGGCUUUUUAUCCACGUGAAGCGCAUGGUAUACCGAAUGGAUCAUCGAGACCUGCUCAUGGGCAUGGUAGUUUCUAUAAACACCGCAACCCGGCGCUAGUAGAUGUGAAAAACUCUGCAGCUUACGGUUUUCGUUUUGAUGGAAAACGGAGGUUUAAUUUCGAUGACGAAUAGGUAAACUAAAUAGUUACAAUUUGUAGUCAAAAUAAAUAUUUUUGUUAU